AUGGAAAUACUAGAUGAAUCAUACGUUGUUCAAACUGUAGAAAUUAUAAAAAGACCAGGUCAAACACUGGGAUUCUACAUUCGAGAAGGAAAUGGUUUUGAUAGACAAGAUGGAGUCUUUAUUUCUCGGAUACAAAUGGGAACGGUAGCAGAAAGUAAUGGAUUAUUACAUGUUGGUGAUGAAAUUGUGACAGUAAAUACUGUGUCUGUGACUCACAUGUCUUUAGAUGAUGUGGUGAUUUUAAUGUCAAUUCCUAAAAAAUUAGUUUUAACAAUUCGG